AUGGAAUAUGAUCUUGUUUUUCUAAACGGUCGUGUUAUCAAUCCUGAAACAAAUUUCGAUGCUAUACGAUCUAUCGGUAUAAUUGAUGGAUCAAUUGUAUCCAUUAGUGACAAAACAUUAAAGGGCAAAGUAGAGUUAGAUAUUUCGAAUUUAAUUAUUUGUCCUGGUUUCAUUGAUGUUCAUUCACAUGAACAUACUGAUGAAUAUUAUGCAUUGAAGUGUCAAGAUGGUGUUACGUCUGUAUUUGAACUUGAAGUUGGAACAAAUGAUAUUGAUCAAUGGUAUGCUGAAAGAGAAAAUAAAAUUUUAAUUAAUUAUGGAGUAGCUAUUGGUCAUAUUCAAGUACGAAUGAAAGUAUUUAAUCACCCACCUGGUUUUUUACCACAAAGUGAUUCACAGGCAGCACUUCAAACAGAUAAAAUUGAUGAGAUAAAAAACGAAAUUGAAUAUGGUCUUCGACGUGGUGCUAUGGCAAUAGGUUUUGGAAUUCAUUAUGUCCCAGGAGCAACACGAUGGGAAAUUGUUGAAUGUUUUCGUUUAGCAAAAAAAUAUGAUGUUUGUUGUCAUGUUCAUAUGCGUUAUUUUGGUGCACAAGAAAAAAAUGGUAGUUUAGCUGCUCUUCAAGAAGUACUCGCUCUCGGAGCAUGCACAAAAGCUGCGAUUAAUGUUUGUCAUUUACAUAGUACUUGUUUAGCCGUGACUAAUAAAGCACUUGAACUUUUACAUGAUUCACAUAAAAAUGGAAUGGAUAUAACAACAGAAUUUUAUCCUUAUUUGGCUGGUUGUAGUACGAUUGAUUCAGCUCUAUUUAAUGAUGAUUUAUGGCAAGAACAAUUGGGUAUUAGUUAUGAUGGUUUGACAUAUGUUAGUACAGGACAACGAUUAGAUGCAAUUAGUUUUGCUAAAUAUCGAAAAGAAGGUGGACUAAUUCUUAUUAAUUCAAUACCAGAACAAGCAGUUAUUGAUUGUCUUCACAGUCCAAUUACAUUGAUGGGCAGUGAUGCCCUUCGUGGUCAUCCACGUGCAGCUGGUUCUUGUGCUCGUGUUCUUGGCCAUUAUGUUCGUGAACGUGGUAUAAUAACAUUAAUGGAAGCAAUUCGAAAAAUGUCUCUAUUACCAGCACAAAGAUUAGAAAGCGCUUCAUCACAAAUGAAAACUAGAGGUCGUAUUUGUGAGGGUGCUACAGCAGAUUUAUGUAUAUUUGAUCCGAUGACAAUAAAAGAUUGUGCAACCUAUGAACAACCAAAACUUCCUUCACACGGAAUAAUACAUGUACUUGUUAAUGGAAGAUUUGUUGUACGAGAUCGAAGGUUAGUAACUAUGGAUAAGAAUACAACACCACCAGGUCAAGCGAUUCGUGGUGUUAUUCGUGAUUAA